AGAGAGAGAGAGACUGCGAGCUGGACUUGAGACAGAGAGAGAGAGACAGAGAGAGAGACAGAGAGAGAGAGACAGAGAGAGAGACAGAGAGAGAGAGAGAGAGAGACUGCGAUCUGGAACGGGAGUGUUUGAAAUGGACAGCGGAUUGAACAUCUGUAAUUAGAGCACUGAUCAAGACCGCGACUGUGUGAGGUUUAUGAAGUCCUCUUGGGCUCUUGGCAGGAUCAGGGAUCAUGGAUAACUUUUUUACAGAGGGUUCUCGUGUGUGGCUCUGGGAGGAGGAUCAGUAUUGGGCCAGCACUGUAAACUCCUGCUCAGGUGGCAUUGUAGUUUUCCGCACAGACUAUGGACAGGUAUACACCUACAAGCAGAAUGCUUUGAGCAGACAGCGAGUGUAUGAGAUGCACAGCAGCAGUGUAUGUGGUGUAGAGGACAUGGCAUCCCUACAGGACCUGCACGAGGGCGCCAUCCUACACAACCUGCAUCUAAGAUACACACAGCACAGUAUAUACACAUAUAUAGGGUCUAUAUUAGCAGCAGUGAACCCGUACCAGCGGUUGCCGGAGCUUUACGACGUUUCGGCAGUGGAGAGAUACAGCCGGCAUCAUCUGGGAGAGAUCCCACCUCACAUCUACGCCAUCGCCAACGAGUGCUACCGCUCGCUCUGGAAACGUAACAACAACCAGUGUGUGCUGAUUAGUGGGGAGAGCGGUGCAGGUAAAACAGAGAGUACCAAAGUGAUUCUGCGGUUCUUGUCUUUAAUGAGUCAGCAGAGCCUAGAACUUUCUGCAAGACACACAACAUCUCAUGUAGAGGAGGCUCUCUUGGAAAGCAGUCCUAUAAUGGAAGCAUUUGGGAACGCUAAGACGGUCUAUAAUAAUAACUCCAGUCGAUUCGGAAAGUUCAUCCAGCUUCACUUUAGCCAACGUGGGAACAUUCAGGGAGGAAAGAUUGUGGACUACUUAUUAGAAAAGAAUCGGGUUGUGCGUCAGAAUCCAGGCGAGAGGAACUACCACAUAUUCUAUGCUUUACUGGCAGGAACCAGUGCAGAACAGAAAGAGGAGUUUUCUCUGCUGCCUGCUGAGAGUUUUUAUUACUUGAAUCAGUCUGGCUGCGUGAAGGAUCACACCAUCAGUGACACAGAAACAUUCCAGGAAGUGCUGCAUGCCCUGCGGACCAUGCAGUUCGACGAGGAGAGUAUCAAUGAGGUUUUAAGGCUUUUAGCUGGAAUUCUGCAUCUUGGCAACAUCGAAUUCGCCACAGCAGGAGGAGCUCAGGUUUCCUCCAAACCAGCUCUUAGCAGUUCCUCAGAACUGUUGGGUUUGGACUGCACACAGUUGGCUGAGGUUCUGACACACAGAUCUAUGAUCCUACGAGGGGAAGAGAUCAGCACUCCACUGACUGUUGAGCAGGCUGUUGAUUCUCGGGACUCGAUGGCUAUGGCCCUCUACUCUCAGUGCUUCACUUGGAUCAUCCACAAACUCAACAAGCGUAUCCAUGGCAAGGACGACUUCAAGUCCAUCGGCAUCCUGGACAUUUUCGGCUUCGAGAACUUUGAGGUGAAUCGCUUUGAGCAAUUCAACAUUAAUUACGCCAAUGAAAAGCUGCAGGAGUAUUUCAAUAAGCACAUAUUCUCUCUGGAGCAGCUGGAGUACAACAGAGAAGGGCUAAUUUGGGAUGAUGUUAACUGGAUGGACAAUGGAGAGUGUUUGGAUCUAAUAGAAAAGAAACUGGGUCUUUUGGCGCUGAUAAAUGAGGAAAGCCAUUUUCCCAAAGCCACUGAUGCUACUUUGCUGGAAAAGCUCCACAGUCAACACUCUAAAAACACUUUCUACAUAAAGCCUCGUGUUGCUGUGCACUACUUUGGAGUGAAGCACUAUGCCGGAGAGGUGGUGUAUGAUGUGAGAGGAAUCCUGGAGAAAAACCGAGACACUUUCCGAGAUGACAUCCUCAAAUUACUCAGGGAUAGCAGUUUGGAUUUUGUAUAUGACCUGUUUGAGAGGAUGAGUAGCCGGUGUGGGCAGGACAUGAUGAAAAGCAGCUCACAGCACCGCAGAUCAACAGUCAGCUCCCAGUUUAAGAAUUCUUUACACUCCCUGAUGUCUACCCUGAGCACAUCCAACCCUUUCUUUGUGCGCUGCAUCAAACCCAACAACAAAAAGGUUCCAGAUCAGUUUGAUCAUUCUGUAGUGCUGAACCAGUUGCGCUAUUCUGGCAUGCUGGAGACAGUGCGAAUCCGGCGGGCUGGCUAUCCUGUUCGAAGAAACUUCCAGGAUUUCUGUACCAGGUACUAUGUGUUGAUGAGAAGUCUGGCGAAGUGUAAUGACCCCAAGGAGGCGUGUCUCCAGGUGCUCCGCCUCUACGACAGCAGUCGUGAAGAAUGGCAGCUGGGAAAGACGAGGGUUUUCCUGAGGGAGAGUCUGGAGCUGCGAUUGGAAAAGAAGCGAGAGGAGGAAGUGCUUCAGGCUGCAGCCAUUAUACAGGCUUACCUUUUGGGUUACAGAGCAAGGAGGCAGUACAAGCAGCUUCUUCAGUGUGUGCUCGUGAUCCAGAAGAACUGGAGAGCACUUUUCUGGCGCAGACGCUACUUGAUGCUCCGCUGGGCCUCCAUCACACUCCAAAAGAGAGUUCGAGGUCGAAGGGCACGCCAGCUCUACACACAGCUGCUUGAGGAGAAGAAGAGGAGGAUGGAGGAAGAGCGGAGACAAAGAGAAGAGGAGGAGGAGCGAGAGAGAGAGAGACAGAGACUGGAGAUGGAGCAGAAGGCCCGUGAGGCGGAAGAGGCACUAAGAGUGGAGGAGGCUCUGAGAAUUGAGAGAGAGAUGAAGGCUGUGGAAAAUAAUCCGGAGCCGGCAUCUGUUUUGGCCGAGAGCGAGCAUUUAGAGAACCCACUGGAGGAUGAAGUUUUCGAGGAAGAAGCCCGUCCAAAUGAGGCUUCACAAGUGGAGGAGAUUCUACGUCUGGAGCGGGAGAUUGAGGGUCUGCGUAGGCAGAAAGAGACACGAGAACAGACUCUGACCGCACAAUCCCUGGCACGUCUGCAGCACCUUCGCGACCAGGAGUUGCUCCGACUGGAGGAAGAGGCCUGCAAGGCAGCACAGCAGUUCCUCUCGUCGCUCAACUUCCACGAGAUCGAUGAGUGUGUGCGCAACAUCGAGAGCACCAUGGUGCCGCAGGAUUGCUCCGAAGAAGCCGACCAAGAGAGGAGGAGAGCUGGGGAUGACGAGGAGGUGGAUGAAGGAUUGGGAGGGGAUGAGGAAGGCUUUAAAGACUCGCCGAAUCCCAGUGAGCACGGCCACUCCGAUGGCCAGCGCACCAGCGGGAUCCGCACCAGCGACGACUCGUCUGAGGAGGACCCCUAUGCCAAUGAUCGCGUGGCUCCGCCUCCAGCCAAACCUACAAACAUGCCAUCACUCUAUCAUGGAUUAGCCUGUAACAGCUACACCACCUAUUGUGGGGAAGAGCAGGAAGAGGAACUGAUUCCACCAGACGACGACUCCGAUUACGAUGCAGAUGAGUAUGAUGAAGGUGGCAUUGUCCUGCCUCCUAGCAUGUCUCUGUCGGUGCUCCAGACUGCCAGCUAUUCACGUGACCAGCGGAGCUCCAUGGCGACAAGCACCAGUGCAAGCUCGGGGGCGUACAGGUUCAGUUCUGAGGGAGCCCAAUCAUCGUUUGAUGACAGCGAGGAUGACUUUGACAGAUUUGAUACAGAUGACGAAUCGUCUUAUCGCAGAGAUUCUGUCUACAGCUGUGUCACUCUGCCAUACUUUCACAGCUUCCUCUAUAUCAAAGGUGGUCUGCUGAACUCAUGGAAGCGCCGCUGGUGUGUGUUGAAGGAUGAGACGUUCCUGUGGUUCCGGAGCAGACAGGAGGCUCUGAAGCAGGGCUGGCUGCUUAAAAAGGGUGGAGGCUUGUCCACACUCUCGCGUCGCAACUGGAAACGCCGCUGGUUUGUCCUGCGCCAGAGCAAACUCAUCUAUUACGACAAUGAUGCCGAGGAGAGGAUGAAGGGCAUGCUGGACAUGCAUGAAGCGAAUCAGAUCAUUGAUAACACUGGGAAGGAGAACGGGAUAGAUAUUGUGAUGCCAGAAAGAACAUAUCAUCUUAUAGCGGAUAGCGCAGAGGAUGCCAGCCACUGGUUCAGUGUGUUGAGCCAGGUACACACUUCUACUGAACAGGAAAUCAGAGAGAUGCAUGAUGAACAGGCCAACCCACAGAAUGCUGUGGGUACAUUAGAUGUAGGUAUGAUUGACUCAGUGUGUGCCUCAGACAAUCCAGAGAGGCCGAACUCAUUUGUGAUCAUCACAGCUCACCGUGUGCUGCACUGCAAUGCUGAGACUCCAGAGGAGAUGCACCACUGGAUCGCCCUCCUGCAGCGCUCUAAAGGAGACACACGAGUCCAAGGCCAAGAAUUCAUUAUAAGAGGCUGGCUGCAUAAAGAGAUGAAGGGCAGUAGUCGUACUAACCUGAGAAUAAAGAAACGCUGGUUCCUGCUCACCCAUAAUUCACUGGACUACUAUAAGAGUUCAGAGAGAAAUGCGCUCAAGCUGGGCUCUCUGCUGCUGAACAGCCUGUGUUCUGUACUGCCACCUGAUGAGAGAGUGUACAAAGAGACUGGUUAUUGGGGACUGACAGUGUUUGGACGUAAACACUCCUAUAGGCUCUACAGUAAGCUGCAAAGUGAGGUGUGUCGCUGGGCCAAUGCUGUGCAGAAUGUCAUCGACAGCAAACCACCACUGGACACACACACACAGCAACUCAUCCAGGACAUUAAGGAGAAUUGUCUGAACUCCGAAGUGGUGAAUCAGAUUUACAAGAGGAACCCGAUACUACGCUACACACACCACCCUCUACACACACCAUUACUUCCUCUGCCUUAUGGAGAUCUCCACCACAGCUCUGAAAGAGAGCGGAGCUACAGCACGUUGCAGGCUGAAGCGCUGAAACUCUUUUGUACACUUCAGCAGCUCGAGGCUGUGGCCGAUCCCGUCUUAAUCAUUCAAAGCCUUCUGCAAACAGGUCAUGACCUCCGACCUUUGCGAGAUGAACUCUAUUGUCAACUCAUUAAACAGACAACCCGGCCCCCUGAGCCAGGUGGCUCCGCCCACAUCAGUGGCUGGAGAGUCAUAACCUGCAUGUGCUGCACAUUCAGCCCUGUUUCCAGGAGCAUCUUAAAAUACCUUAAGUUUCACAUCAAGAGGACACGCGAGUCAUUCCCAGGCACAGAGGUGGAGCAAUACGCUGCUUUUUCCCAGGAGGCACUAAGGCAUGUGCGUGGACGGGAAUGUGUGCCAUCACACGAGGAACUCAGAGCGAUUCUCAGCAGGCAGGAAAUGACAUCAACUGUAUACUGCCAUGGAGGUGGAUCCUGCAAAAUUGCCAUCAACUCACACACCACAGCGGGAGAGGUGGUGGAUAAGUUGUUAAAGGGACUGGGAAUGGAGGAUAGCAGGAAUAUGUUUGCUCUAUUUGAACACAAUGGCAACACGGACAAAGCCAUUGAGAGCCGCACUAUAGUGGCCGACGUCCUUGCCAAGUUUGAGCAACUGGCAGGAGGAGAAGACAAUCAGGGUGGAGGAUGGAGGUUUUAUUUCAAGCUGUACUGCUUUACAGACACCGAGAGCAUUGCUAUGGACAGCGUGGAGUUCGCGUUCAUGUUUGAACAGGCUCAUGAGGCAGUGAUUAGUGGGCAGUAUCCUGCCCCUGAGGAAACUCUGCAGUUUCUGGCUGCCCUUCGGCUGCAGCAUCUGUUUGGGGACUACACUACCCAGAAUGCACUGCCAGAACUAGAGCAGGUGUUCCCCGUGGCACGUUUGCGUGCUCGUAUUCAGCGCUUCACCAGCAGCAGUGGCACAGAGAAGAAGCGAGGCAGUUUCCUGGAGGGCACGCUUAGGCGGAGCUUUAGGGGGUCUCUCAGCAGGAAACAGGGAGAGAACUCUGCUGCAAUAGAGGCGUGGUUUCAGGACGAGAAGGCGGAAUUAAAGUGCUGUUUGGUGGAGAAAUGGAGGAAGCUUCAGGGAAUGAGUCGAGAUAAUGCCAUGAUCAAAUACAUGAAUCUGGUCAGAGAGUGGCAGGGAUACGGCUCCACACUGUUCAACGUCGAGUGUGUGGACGGUGUGUAUCCUGCAGAGCUGUGGUUGGGAGUGAGUCGUAAAGGAGUGUGUGUGUAUAAGCAGGGAGAAGCUUGGCCACUGGAGUUUUUCUCCUAUGAGGCCAUUCUGUCCUUUGGUGCUCCGCAGUCCAACAUUUACAAGAUCAAUGUGGAGGGGCGAGAUCUAUUCUUCCAAACUAGCCAGGUGAUGGACAUUGCUAAACUGAUGAAAGCCUACAUCAGCAUGAUCGUGCAGAAACGUUUCAGCGCCUGUCCGUCCAUCAGCAGCCACGGCACACUGUGCAGCAAAUGGUGAAGCCUGACCACCUAAGACCUUCCAGCUCUAAAUCACGAACACAUUCGCAACGCACCGGUACAUGGAGCGAUGUGAACAGCGGCAAAGCUUGUUGCUUGUUAUUCUCAUUCAGACAUGCGCAGCUUGAAGCCAAACCACUCAGCGGCCUUAUUCAGCACUAAGAGGACGUGCGGGAAAGCAGUGCUGUGUAAAUCAAUACAAAUGGCAUUCACCUAAAAGUGCCCUAUAACCACUCUGCAAGAAAACGUCCUGAGCCACGCUGUAAUAUGAACCCCAUCAGUGUAAUCAGUGCCUUUUCAAUUGCAGAAGACGCUCUGUAGCGAAUAUUACCAAAAGUGUUUUUUCCCCAACAGCGUUUCACUGGAGCUCUGCAGGCAGAAUCUCCAGCCAAAGAGACUGUCUUUUUUGUUUCGCAAAUGCAUACACACACACACACACACACACACACACACACACUUUCCCUUUAUUCACACUCAUGCAAAUACAUACCUACCCUCAGUGCCGCUCUUAAAAGUGUAUGACUUUAAUGUGCAAUGUUUACUUAUACUAAAAAAGUUGUAUAUUUUAAAAUCUUUUUUUGUUACAAUAUGCUCAUGUCCCGAAGCUGCCUCUAUAUUGUUUUAUUUGUAAUUUUUUUUUUAAAAAGUACUUUUGAAUUGUCCUGCCCUUUUGAGUCCCAGAAUCUUAAGAAACACCAGCAAUAUGCAGUUUGUUUGACAUUUCUAUGUAAUGACGGUAAUAGUAAAAAAAUGAAUAAAAAACAAAACAUC